CGAGAAUUUAGGCAUCUGCUUUCCUGUCUGGUCCUAUCACAUUGGUCUGUGCUACGCUAUAUCUCUGUUAUUUUAUUUUUUAUAAAAAAACUCUCAGCCUAAUGAGGUAAUCGCGACGACCCGAAUUUUUUCCAGCUUCGAUCGGGAUCUCAACACGUUCAGAGCUGCAUCCGACAGCCCUCAACCAACUUACUAAUCAAAGCCUCGAAACCACAUGCUGCUAAUACCUCACCCUAUCGCCUAUUCCUUUCUCUUGACCUAUUGAAAAAAUACUUCGACUGCUACACCCCGAGUCGGUGUUUAGACAUCUCGCCAGCACAGACUUCAAGAACACUGGCAUAUCAAAGAACGAACCUGCAAAGUCACCAUGGCCUGGCUAUGGUCCUCAACUCCAAUCUCUUCCGCAAACGCCAAACCCGAGUCGCAAUCUCAACCACAAUCGCAGCCACCCUCGCCCCCGCCGCGGUCGCAACCUCCCCCUCCCGCUCCAGCACCAACAACUACAACCCUAUCCCAAUCUGACCACCCCGAUGCCGCCUUCCACGCCGCAUAUCCACACCUUGCCCCGUCCCCGUCCCCAUCCUCCUCUCCCUUAAACCCCUCAAACCCUUCAACCUUCUCCCACAAUUCCCCUUCCUUCCCAAUCGACCCCUCCCACCCAACCCACCUCUCCUGUCGCGCACUCUUCGACUCCGCAUUCCACUGUGCGUCCUUCGGUGGCAAAUUCAACGACAUAUACCGCUACGGGACACUGCGCAACUGUAGCGAACAUUGGGCCGACUGGCGUUUCUGCAUGCGACUGAAGGUAUACUCUGAGGGUACAAGGCGGGAGAUGGUGCGGGAGCGGUAUGCACGGAAAGAGGAGGUUGUGAAGCGGGGGAAGAAUAGUGAAGAUGUCUGGGAGAGGAGGGGAGUGGGAGAGGAGGUUAGGGGGGCCUUU